UGACCCACGCUGAACUGUCCCGCCAAACUCAAUGACAGGGGGGCGCUACCAUCGUUCAACUAUAUGGUUUCCAACAUGGCAAAAAUCUGAACCAGCGAUCCGGUAUUGACGGUGGCGCCCCACUGUCAAUGUCAUCGACAGGACAGUCCAGUAUUUUGGAACUAUAGCUGAUAUCUGUCAAAAAUGACAAGUUAGAACAAAAUAAACAGUGCAUUUUUAUGGAAUAUAAUAAAUUAAUUAAAAUAAAUGAACUUGAUCUAGUAAUAUACGUGUGAUCAAUAAAAAAUAGGCUCUAUGGCGCUCUUGAUAUAAAAAAUCGAUGCAUUGGACUAAAUGUUAGUUUUUACUUUGAAAAUCGCACGUGGGGAAGACACGUUUUUAAACUGAUUUUCGAAGCAAUUAUUAUUUAUUGAAUGUUAAUAAUUGGUGCUAAUUUAAAGUCUAUUACUUACUUCAGUAUGGACUUAUAAAAUAGAUCAAUUACCGAUAUUAUUUAAAUUAUAACCUAAAAAUUAUAGACAUCAGUAACUUGUGUUCAGUUCAUAAUAUACACUCGACGUCAAAUAAAUCGCACCUCCCGCGACAAGCAUUUUCAAACGUAUGCAUCCCCACUUCCCACCAAUAUUGGUACCAUUUAAAAGCCUAGUUCUAACCUUCAUUUCAUUAAAGGAAAGGCUUUUACCCCAAAAAUGUGUCUUUAGAAGGAUCCAGAGUCACUUCUUCAAAAAAUAGGUAGUUACGCUACAGCCAACUUUUAUGGCUAUAAAACUGUUAAGUUGGGUUUAAUUGCUAUCCAUCUGUUAAAGAGGACACGUGAAAUCAUUAUUUGGUUUUAUAACCAUAAAAAUUGGUCUAAUUGAUCCCAUAGGUGGGCCCAAAGUGAGGUAUUUUUUCAAGUCACAUUUAUGGUAUAUGUUAUUCAUUUAUUAAGAAAUUAAAUGUGUUUUUCUUUAAGGAUAUUUAUUGGGCUUUCAAAUAACACCAAUAUUGUUGGGGCACCAUGAUUGUGUCAGAAGAAAAUCGUUAAAGUUUGCGUCGCGGAAGGUGCGGUUUAUUUGAUGUUGAGUAUACUUAAUAACAAAUACAAAUUAUCUGUAAAAACAGAACCACCAUGGUAGAAGCUGAAAUUAUGGAGAAGCCGUCACCUAAGAAAACUUUGACAAGAAAGAGGAAGAAGAAGACAAAAUCUCCCGUAGAAGAAAAGACCAUGAAACUGGACGUGAUUUCCGAGCCAGUGGUGCUUACAAAGCAUAAUGCAGGAGUACAGAAAACAGAAUGCCCCAAAGUGAUGUUCGAAGGCCUGUCGAUGGAUGAGAUUGGCGAGAGGUAUCCAGUGCUGAAGAAUGAAGAGUUGGUGCAACGGUUCUUAAAUGUGCCCAUGAAUAACAAUCAGAAAGGCCGCAUAAGAACAUUACUAAGAGACAACUUAAAAGGCACAUCCGAGUUUCUUCUACCAGACGUGAUACACAAUCGCAUUCAAACUGUGCUGAAAAGCUCAUCCGAUCUAAACGAUACGGACCUACGGAAGAUCCGUAUACUCUACAACAUGCUCAAGACUGCAAUAAAAAACGAAAAAGCAUUGCUAGAUAAGAAGUUAACAGAAAAAAAGCCUGUAGAGAGAAAGGUUAAAAAGGACAAAGAGGAAAAAGAAGAAAAAGUUAAAACUGCACCGGAAGAAAAGAGAGAGCAGUUAGUGAAGAAAGUUAGAGGGAAGAAGAGAUAUGUGGUGUUCAUAGGAAACCUUCCACUAGAUAUAAAUAAGGAAAAGAUAAUCAACCACUUCUCCGAGAUGAACGAACACAUCGUAGACGUGCGGAUCCCCAAGCAGAAGGAAGCCAAGAAGAGCGCCAUAGCCUAUGUCGAGCUCAAGAACGAACCUAGCUAUGAGUUGGCAUUGUCCAAGCACCAUUCAAUGCUGGGCAACCGGAGAAUCAAUGUGCUGUACUCAACACAAACGAACAGCAAGAUCACUAAAGCAGAAGCAAAAAGUAAAUCGGCGAAGCUUGUAGCCCUCCAGAAGUCUGGGAAACUGAUCGGAAGUACUCCAGCUGUCAAGAAACGCAGCCAUCGCCGCGCUAUACUCAAGAAAGCUCGCGCGAAAGAAGCUCAAUCGUGAUACAGAUUAUAUUCCGUUGAAGUAACAUUGUUAUAAGUUCAAUUGUUAAAAAAACAGUAAAAUUUACCUAUUAUUA